CGCAUUUUUAGAACGUUUAUAGACGUCGUCCGGUAAACGUUGUUCUGCUUCUAGUGCGUCGAAAAAACUGCGUAAAAUCAACGUUAUUUGCUAAUUCUAUUGUUUCUAAUUUCUACAUAUUUCGAAAAGCAAGUAGUGAUUUUGGUCGCGUUCGAAUUGCCGGUGAAAUAACUCAGAAAGUUCGAUAUUGUGACGUUGAAAUACAAACUUAAGCCAAUUACCAAGAUGGUGGACAAAAUUGAAAUGAGUCUGGAUGAUAUCAUCAAAUCGCAGCGACCACAACGCGGCGGCAACCGUGGCGGAGUCUAUCGUUCCGGUGGGGGCGCACCUAGAAGCCGUCCCCGCAAUGGAACCUCCGGUGGUGGAGGUUUUCGCUCAAAUCGCGGUCCUGUCGGCGGAGGUGGUGUCCUUAAGGGACGCAACCGAGGCGGAAUUCAACGUUCUUCGAAAUAUGCACGGGGUGACGUUAACAGCGCUUGGAAGCACGACAUGUACGAGGGAGCUCGCAAGAGUCGCCUAUUGGCGGCGGCUGGACUUGGAUUAGGAGGAGCUAGUGGACUGGGCAGUUCCAAAUUGAUGGUAUCGAACCUGGAUUUCGGCGUAUCAGAGUCUGACAUAAAUGAGCUGUUCGCAGAUUUUGGACCAUUGAAAAGUGCGUCUGUGCAUUAUGACCGAUCUGGUAGAUCCUUAGGUACAGCUGAUGUUGUAUUCGAACGUCGGGCUGACGCAAUAAAAGCGAUGAAGCAGUACAACGGUGUUCCCUUGGAUGGACGACCCAUGAGCAUACAGCUAGCGACAUCCGACAUCCCAACACCUCGCGCCCCUCGUCUGGGUGGUGAAAGAAGUUUGCCGCGUUCCCCUCGGAGACAGUCUAGCAGUGGACCCUCGAGAGCAGGUAGUCAAUCGAGUCGUCGCGGCGGAGGUGGUGGCAGUGGGGGUUCCCGUAGACAGCAGCGAGAAACCAAGACCGCCGAAGAGUUGGACGCAGAACUGGAUGCGUACACAAAGGAUAUGAAGUAAUGGCGCUGCAGGGCAGAGCGUGGCAUCUUAAUCAAUAGAGUCUAAGAACCUGAACACCUCGUGCACAAUUUCUGUUUGUGCGAUGAGACACGCAAGGAAAAAUAUGCCUAUCGCGGUGUAAAUAAAAAAAAACAAAUCAGGAGAAAUAAUUUAAAAUGAACGAGUAAAAAUUUGGCUGUAAAAGCAAAAACACCGACACUGAUGAGAUAUUUUGAUGAAAGCAACAGCAAAUUGUUUGUUGCAGUGGAGACAUGCAAAAAUCAUGUGCGGAAAUUCAUGAUUAACUGGUUACUUUUUAUUUGAUAAUAGAAAUUCUAGUAGUAAAACUAAAUACAUUUUUCAUUUAUUGUAUUAAAUAAUAACAAUUUGCACCUGAUUCAAGCGAGAUUACAUGAAAGAAUUGUUUGUCAUAUUUCAAAAGUACAGCAAUGCAUAAAGAAAGAUUUGAUGGGAAAAAUAUUUCAGAAAACUAAUGUUUAUGAUUCAAUUCGAUAAACUAGUUCAAAAAAGUGCUCUGUAACAGCAGAAACUUAUCAGGUAGUAUAUAUACUUUUUAUAAUUUAAUUGAAAAUAUUGCUGACAAUGAUAAAUAAAAGUGAUCUGUGAAAGUAA